GAAAAGAGGACGAAGCGGUCGUUGACGUUUGAAGAAGCCGCGAGCUUCCCACGCCGGCAGAACUUCGGCAAUUCUCCGCGAGACCAGCUGCACCCAAAUUGUCCACACGCAGAGCUUCAUCAUCCAGGACGCAAACACCACUCCUCAUCACCAUCACAUCACCUCCCGCGCGGACACCCAGUCAAGAUGGCCAUGCCCAACGUCCUCGGCCAGAUCUACCGCUACGCCAUCCCCGGCGCCGUCGCCUUCUCCCUCGCCUCGGCCUCCAUCUACGACGUCAAGGGCGGCACUCGCGCAGUCAUCUUCGACCGUCUGCGAGGUGUCUCUGACCAGGUGGUGAACGAAGGCACGCACUUCCUCGUCCCCUGGCUGCAAAAGGCAAUCACCUUUGAUGUGCGGACGAAGCCGCGCAACAUCAGCACCACGACGGGCAGCAAGGACUUGCAGAUGGUCAGCUUGACGCUGAGAGUGCUGCAUCGACCUGAGGUCGGCAUGUUGCCCAAGAUUUACCAGAAUCUCGGCCAAGACUACGACGAGCGUGUCCUUCCCUCCAUCGGAAACGAAGUGCUCAAAGCCAUCGUCGCGCAAUUCGACGCCGCGGAACUCAUCACGCAGCGUGAAGCAGUGUCGAACCGCAUCCGCGCCGACCUGCUGAAGCGCGCAUCCGAGUUCAACAUUGCGCUCGAAGACGUCAGCAUUACGCACAUGACUUUUGGCCGCGAGUUCACCAAGGCCGUAGAAGAGAAGCAGAUUGCGCAACAAGAGGCCGAGCGGGCGAGAUUCAUUGUCGAGAAGGCGGAGCAGGAGCGACAGGCGAACGUCAUCCGAGCGGAGGGCGAGUCCGAGGCGGCGGAUGUGAUUAGCAAGGCUGUGGCGAAGUCGGGCGAUGGCUUGAUUCAGAUCAGACGGAUUGAGACGCAGAGGGAUGUGGCGCAGAUGUUGGCCAACAACCCGAAUGUCACCUAUCUGCCUGGCGGAGGGAGCGGCGACAGCGGCAGUGGUGGGAAGGGAAAUUUCCUGCUAGGAUUGAGGCAAUAGGUGGGAAGAUGGUGGAUGGUGUUGCGAAGCUUUUGGUGUAUCGUGGGAUGACCAUGACGGAUGUCAAGUCAUGCAUAGCAGCGGCGUUCCGGUAGGUACAGGUGGCUAUGGAAGCACAACUACUCUUCUCUGAUCAUCGUGGCUCAAGGACUGCCGAGUAGCGCAUAGUCCUACCGUUCAACUCGUAAUCUCUCAUUCUCAUCGCCCUUGAGCCAUGAAUCGAAGAUAGAUUCAAUGCCCUCCGGGUUCUGUACUCGCGAUUACAUCGAAGUGCAUGUGUUAAUAAUAAGGUAGACAGAGUGUCCGCAAGAGGUGGAGUCAAAGCCGUGCAUCGCUCCUGCCGUUUUCAGACAUUCAAAUCUU